GGCAAAUACUACCUCAAAACCACUUGUUCACAAGUACUUUAAUAGCCCCUCAAGCUUUAGACUCCAUUCUACCCACUCCUCAAACCUUACAUAAUAGAAAUUAGAAAGGACUCUUUAAGUUAAUUUUUCCAUUUUUCUUCUGGUCAUUCUCCAUUUACAUUUAUCCCUCUUGAAAAUGGCCAAAGACUAUACUUUGUCUGAGCUUGCUCAGCACAACACCAGGCAAGACUGUUGGGUUACAGUAUUUGGCAAGGUUUACAAUGUGACCUCUUUCAUAGACGAGCAUCCUGGUGGCGCUGAUAUCCUCUUGGCUUCCACAGGGAAAGAUGCAACUGCAGAGUUUGAUGACGUGGGGCACAGUCACGAGGCGUGGGCAAUGUUGGAAAAAUACUAUGUGGGUGAGUUGAAUAAGUCAUCCAUUCCAAGCAAGGGUGGUGUAAGCUUGCAGGGCUAUAACAAAAAGAGCAAGAAAAAGAUGUACAUUAUUUACCUCAUCAAGUUCUUACUCCCCUUGAUUCUCUUCAAUCUUCUCCUUGCUUUCUAUUCCAAAUCAUCCACAUAACAACCUUUCUUAAUUUUGUUGCCAAAAAUAAGUAUGUUUUAUUUGGGAACCCUAUGUUAUUGUGGUUGUCUUAUGCAAACAUAGUGUAUGCGUAUUCGGUAUCUUCCAGUCUUGAGGAGUUGGAUUUAUAUAUCAAAUCUUGUAUUUCAACACUUCCUUUCUUUUCUUUAGUUAUCUCCCUUGCCUAGGCAUCAUCUUUUGUAUUCUUGUAUCACCUACUUCUCUUGAUGAUGGCAUCAUCUUUCAAAGGCCACAUAGAUGUGGUUUCCUUGAGAUGUUAGAAUGGUGGGGGAAACAAAUUUAAUAAAUAUAAAUAUAAAUAAAAUUGGUAACUUGCAUUGCUUGGAUUAGCUAAGGUGUAAUUAACAAUGUUCUCAAAACCAGAUCGGACUGGCCAAUUCGAUCGGUUCAACUGAGAAACGACCAUACACCGGUUCGGGUUAAGGUAUAGAACCACUGAGAUUCAGAACCGGGUAAAAACUGCUUGAACCGGUUAAAAAUUGCUAAAACCGUUAGGCCAGUUGCGGUUCAAUCUGCCAAGCGGUCCCGCUACUCUUUUAGUAUGAAGUAGUUGUACAACCAUAUAAAUAGCUUUAUUGCUUCUUUCUUUUGAUGAUGUGGGAUUGCUUUGUUCACAGCAAAUAAAUAAAAGCUUGUCAAUUU